UUUACUUUUUAGUUUUUAAUACUUUACUUUACUUCAUAGAUAAAAGGAGUAGUUAAAAGAAGUGUCUACUCCUUUUAUCCAUGCUAACACCAGCAGUUAUUACAGACUCAAAUUUGUAAUCCUUCUUUUGAAAAGUGGAAGAAGAUAUUAGACCACUUUUUAUAUUGAGUCAGCCAUGGCAGAGGCAACUAAUGUUGCAGAUGGGGACAAAGCAGUUGCCAGUGCUACGGAUAAGGAGAACAAAGAACCUUCCAAGACUGAAGACAUGGAAACUGAUGAUAAUAUAGAUCUAAAAGAAAUUUUUGGAAAAAAGAAAAGAAAGAGAAAGAAAAAGAAAGGAAAGGAGGCAUUUAAUUUAGAAGCUGCCAGAUGCUAUGGACAAGACUAAAGAAGAUACAAUUGACAGAGGAGAAAAUAAGGAGGCAAUAGAGGACAAUAUAUCCCAUGAUAGCCCUUGGAUGCGCUUGAUUGACUUUUCAACCUUAAAGAAGAAGAAGAAGAAGAAAAAGAAAAUGAACAUUGAGGAGUUCGUAGCAAAACGUCUUGCUUUAGAAGAAAAGAAAGAAAUAGAUCAAGGAGAUAAGGAUCAUGCUGCUCAACCUUUGGGAGACGAAACAACACUAUUGUUCGCCCGAGAUUGUUGCAAAGCUGAAGACUCCGGUAGAGUCGUGGCAGCAGUAGGGCUACAAAGCGGAGUUGAGAAGUCAACACAACGAAGGGGUGCAGAACAUCACCAACAACACAAAGACAAUGUUCUACAGCUACCAGAGUCGACAUCAGACUUUUGUGACACACGCGCUGCAACAGAUACAGGAAAACUGUUAAAUCAGCAGCCUCCCAAAAUGGUCAAAGACAAGAAAUCUCUCAUUUUCAACUCGGAGAAUGAAAACAGAGAGAAGACCAUUAUCAUCAAUCAAAUAGCAUUUCAAUACGCUCUAAAACCUCCACCAUGGCUAGAACGCAUGGAGUCUCCACUGAAAUGG